AUGUCUAGCGAGGAUGAGCUGGUGCAAUUGACCAAGACGCUGCUGGAGCCCGUGCCCACGCUGACUCCGAAGCAGUUGUACAGGGCGAUGGUGAUCAUUCUGGAGUUGACUGCGUCGCAGGACAUCGACUCGCUGAUCGACACGCUGACGCUGUCGACGCACGUCAAGAUUGCCAGUUUCCUGUCGUGCUUGAAGGCCUCGCGGCUGGACCACAGAGCUGAGUACAUUGCCGAGGCAGCGAAGGCGGUGCUCGGGUUCUCGCAUGUGGUGGAACUGGACCUUGUGGAGAAGACGCACCGGGAGCACCGGGAGGAAGUGGUGCUGGAUAUUGUGGGCACCGGUGGCGACGGGCAGAACACGUUCAAUGUGUCUACUUCUGCCGCGAUCGUGGCUGCUGGUAUCCCCGGGUUGAAAGUGUGCAAGCACGGUGGGAAGGCCUCGACGUCCAACAGCGGGUCCGGGGACCUGAUCAACACGCUGGGUGUGCAGUCCAGCAAGGUCACCGCGGAGACCGUGCCCGCGCUGUGGGAAAACAAGUUCAUGUUCCUGCUGGCGCCUUACUUCCACUACGGGUUCGGUAAGACCUCCAACCUGCGGAAACUGAUGCACAUCCCCACGAUCUUCAACAUCCUGGGCCCCUUGCUGCACCCGGUGGCACACGUCGACAAGCGCGUCCUCGGCGUGUACUCCAAGGACCUCGCACCAGAGUACGCCAAGGCAGCAUCGAUAGUGUACCCAAACAGCGAGACUUUCGUGGUUUGGGGCCAUGUGGGCCUCGACGAAGUGUCCCCCAUCGGCAAGACGACGGUCUGGCACGUCACUACAACGGGACAAGUAGAUAUAUUCGAGCUCGAACCAGCAAUGUUCGGACUGCAGGAGCACCCAUUGGACGUCUGCAAGUCCUACGGGCCCGAGAGAAACGCAGAGAUACUCAGAGAUGAUAUCCUCUCCGGCAAGUACAAGCUCGGCGACAACCACCCGGUCUACGACUACAUCCUUCUGAACACCGCAGUGCUAUACUGCCUGAGCCAAGGCCACAGAAACUGGAAACAAGGUGUAGAGGUAGCUAACGAGUCCAUCCAAUCGGGCAACGCUGUGAAAGCCCUGGAACACUUCAUCAAGGACGUCCAGGAUCUAUAA